CUACUACAACUCGCACUGCUGGGUAAACACAGACAUGCUACGGUGUGCGUGGCUAAUUUCUAGUCUUGCAUGUGUGAUGCUAUCUCUCAGCGUGCACGGACCCAAAUCUUAGGCGUGACUUUAGCACGUAGCAUGCGUUCUAUCAUCCAUUACUCUGGCUUUUUUAGACUAAAUGAAUCGAUUGCGGCAUACUGAGGCGUUUAGUGGUCAGGAUAGUCUUCCUUGUUUCACAUAUCUGGGUCUGAUCCUGCUUCAGCUGAUAAGGUGACAGAAUGCAGUGUCCACCUUGGCCUAAAGGGAAGAAACUGGUUCACCUGGAUUUGAAAGGCGCACCACCGCGGGUCGAAUACCUUCACAGGCUGAUCGAGCUCUUCUCUCAGCUGGGAGUUGACGGCCUGCUGGUGGAGUACGAGGAUGUGUUCCCUUAUGAGGGGGAGCUGAAGCUGCUGCAGGCCACAGCUCAACCCGCCUACAGUCGGGAGGAAGUAUUGUCUAUGCAGGAGUUUGCCAAAUCUAAGAGGAUGGAGGUCAUUCCCCUUGUGCAGACGUUCGGUCACAUGGAGUUUGUGCUUAAGCAUCGGCCCAUGUGGCACCUGAGGGAGGUGGCGCAGUGCGUGGGCACCCUGAAUCCCCACAAAGAGGACGGCGUGAAGCUGGUAAUGGAGAUGCUGAGGCAAGUGGUGGAGCUGCAUCCCAAUCUGAGCACGCUGCACAUCGGAGCAGACGAGGUGUACAUGCUCGGCGAGGGCGAGGAGUCCACCACGUGGCUGGCUUCGCCUGGGCGCACUGUGGAGCAACUUUUCCUGGGCCACGUGACCAAGGUGGCCAAGGCCAUCAAGGAGGCGUGGCCUCACAUGACCAUAAUGAUGUGGGAUGACAUGAUGAGAGGCAUGAGCCAGGACACGCUGAAAGCCUGUGGACUAGUUGGACUCGUCCAGCCCAUGUUGUGGGACUACAACCCUAACCUGGAUGUGGACAAAACUGUGUCUCUGCUGGAGAAGUACUCCAGUGCCGGUAUGUCGGACCUGUGGGCUGCCAGCUCCUUUAAAGGCUCCACUAGUGUUUACACGUGUGUGACCAACACGCAGAGACACGUGGAUAAUCAUCUGCAGUGGCUUCAGGUGGCUGCGUCUCUGUCCGCUGGCGUAAACCUGAAGGGCAUCGCCAUCACAGGCUGGCAAAGGUACGACCAUCUGUCAGUGCUGUGCGAGCUGAUGCCUGUGGCUCUCCCUUCACUAGCGGCCUGCCUCCAGACCCUCCUCCACGGUCAGUUCAGUGCAGAGGCUCACAGCAAAGUAACUGACAUGCUUGGGAUUUCCUCAGUGGAGGUGGAGGCAAUGGGGAGAAUGUCAGCAGGCGACUCGCUGUUCCCAGGGAGGAGGCUGGCCGAGCUAAUCGUGGAACUCGAUUCACUCCUUAACUCGGGGGACGUGCGAUUUUUUGAUAACAGCAUGUAUGUAAGGGGAUGGUUCAGCCCCUACCACCUACAGAGGAAGAGUGUAAACCCGCUGAUCACCAUGCAGAUUCACAGCCAAGCCACAGUGUAUUUGGCUAUGUUGCAACAGAAGGCAGAGGCUGUCAGAGAGGAGAUGGUGCAGUUUUACCCAGACUCAACAGCCCAGGAGUGGCUGGAGGAACACGUCCACCCCGUGACGGCUCCUCUACAGAAGCUGACAGAGGACACUGGAGCCUGUGUGAAGGAAAUGAUGCCGUAGAAAAUUGCUCUGCUUCAACGAGCGCCAUUUUCUUUUUUCGUACCCUGGCCCAUUAGUUUCUGCCAAACCUCAGCGCUAGAUGUUUACAUGUGAUUCUGCACUUACGCAUUAAGACAAAACUGGUGUGGAUGGAGGUAAGUGUUGCCAAGAAAGGAAGAACUGUAGCUAGCAUACAAAAUGGCUUUAUAUACAUUUUAGCAAAUGUAUCAAAGUAAACAAAGACAAUAAAAUCAACCAACAGUUUACAAAAA